CAAAGUCUUUGACGUUAGGCUAACAUUAAUGCUACUUGAAAACUGUAGAUAAUAGCGUUUUAAGUUCUUUUGAGUUGUAUUUGGAGUUCUAACAGUAAGUUAUUUGCUUCUUCACUCUUUGCCUAUGUUCCAUCUGAUUUCUGGCUCUAAUAGGGAAAAUGCGUGAGAUAUAUUUCAUGGCAGUUGUGUUCAGCUUGAUGGCAAAUAAUAUAGAGCGGACUUGGACACUGCCUGUGCUUCCAGGAGGUAUUUAUAGAGUAGCGAAGAACAAUACGGAUUUCAUUGACAUUAACAAGGGUUUGGAUCUCUUUGAAGGUGAUAUAAAGUUGCCACCUAAAUUUGAUAAGAAUGCCAUUAUUGAUCCAAUGUACCGAUGGCCUACUCCAAUACCUCUGGAGUUUGAUUCCUCCCUUGAUUUAAAUGCCAGAGGGGUGAUUACAAAGGCUCUGGAGAAGUUCCGUCUGAAGAGUUGUAUAGACUUCAAAAUCAGAGAUACAGAAUUGUAUUAUAUAACCAUUCUAAAAGACGUUGGAUGUUUUAGCCAUGUUGGAUAUAAUUACAUGGCAGACCAACCUUUAUCGAUUGGCGAUCGCUGUGAUUAUGUCAGUACCGUAACACAUGAAAUACUUCACGCUCUGGGCUUCUGGCAUGAGCAGAGCAGACCUGACAGGGAUGACCAUAUCAGUAUUUUCUGGGAUAACAUUGAACCAGGGAUGGAAGGUAAUUUUGCGAAAAAUCAUCAUGCAGUGGCAACAAUGCAGCGCACUGCCUAUGACUACAAAUCAUUAAUGCAUUAUGGAAAAGAUGCCUUCAGCACUGGACUGGGGAGUACCAUAUACACAAAGAAACAAGAAUUUCAAAACAUUAUUGGUCAACGUCAAGAUUUGAGCCCAACUGAUGUGUUGGAAUUGAACUUACUCUACGGUUGCACCUCCACUGUAACAUACCUGGAUGGGUGUGACUUUGAGGGAUACAUGAAGUGUGACCUGAAGGCUUGCUCCACUGCAGAGAGCAGGUGGAGAGCAGUACCUAGUGUUGUGGGAAGUUCAACUGAAGACCACACCAUCCCUCAAGACAAAGAAGGUGUAGGACGAUUUUUGCAUUUUAGCACAGUCACUGGAGUGACUGGAGACAGAGGAUUAUUACAAACAAAGAUACUGACUCCCCAAAGACAUUUCCAGUGCCUUGAGUUCUUCUACUAUAAUAAUGGAAAUGACAAAGAUCAACUCAACAUCCGGAUCAGAGAGUUUAAGAGUAUUGAUGACAUUGGAACUACUAGACUUAUUGCACAGAUCACAGGUCCUACAGCAGACCACUGGCAUCUCAAACACAUACAGCUGUACACAACUAAAGCAUUUUUGAUUGAGUUUGAAACAGUAAAAGGAGAAGGAAUGUCCAGUGGUGGCUUCUCAUUGGAUGAUAUCAACCUCUCAGAAACAACAUGUCCACACUAUGUAUGGCAUUUCAGGAAUUUUGCUGAAAAAAUUCAAAACCAGUCUAAUGCUGGGCUAUUAGGCUCCAGCCCCAGGCUGUACUCUCCUGAGGGAUAUGCCUACCAUGUUGCAGUCUCUUAUGAUCUAGAGAAAUUAGGAAUCUAUUAUGGGCUUGUUUCUGGAGUCAAUGAUUAUAGACUACAGUGGCCAUGUCCAUCAAGACAAAUCACUAUUGAGUUGUUAGAGCAGACAUCCAGUAUCCUGACACGCAUGUCCAAACAACUCAGUGCGACUCUGAAAACAACAGAGACCUUUAUGAGUAAUGGACAAGCAUUUUACACAUAUGAUGACCCUAGUAUUGUAGGAGCGCCAUAUCAAAAUUCAGAGGGCCAGAUAUACUAUGCAGGACCUUUAAGAGGCACGGACGAUUUCAUGAGCAAAGAACGCAUCAUGGCAGGGGAUUUUACUCGAGGAGGGGAUGCGUUCCUGCUGAUAAGCUUUGAAGAUGUGUUGGCCCAACCCAGCCCAAUCCUUCCUACACCAAUGCCUCCAACAUAUGGCAGUUUUACUCCCAGCCCAGCUAACAACCAUAGACCAUGUCUAUACCAUGAAUUGGUUUUAUCAGUGAACAGGUCUGCAGACUGCAUACCAUCACAGUUCAUUGUGUUCCUUGCAUUCACUGUGGCUGUGCUUUUAGCAAUCCACUGAGGGUAAAUUACAGCUUCAUGUAUAAGUCAUGUGUACUGAAGUUGUCAAUCUCUUUAUCUGUAUGGUAAUAAAUGGCAUCUUGCAUAGAACAUUUUA